AUGUUUUUCAAACUACAUAAUGAUCUUCAACUAAAUGAAUUUAAUUAUUUAGCCAUUGUGGAAAAUCCGCCUUUUCUUUUUGUUUUAAAUAGCCUCACUGACUUAAGUCCAUUGAAAUCGGCUGUACAUUUCGUACAUUCCAGAUUUAAACCCAGACUCGAUCAUGAAGUUAUAGAUAUUUUAAGUUGUCGAAGGUAUAGAUAUUUCAGCCUUUUAAGAAAAAGAAGGGCAAUGACUAAAAGUAAUCCUACCGCUAUAAAUACAUAA